UGUGAAUUCAGUGUCAUUCAGAGUUGUGGGACAUUUUUAUGGUCAAGUCCCACAGGUUUCAUACCUCGUUUGGUUUACAGAUCUGCUGUAGAACAAGCAGAGCUAAAUGGGCAGCUCAAAGAAACCACCAUGACACUCUACUUCCAAGAUUAUUCCGGCGGCCCAAAUCCGACGGUCCUCGAGAUCAACGCCCAAUCCGACGAGCUCCUACGCUUCACCAAAUUUGGAGCCAUGUUCUGCACGGAUGAUCCAAUAACCGAAGGAUUCGACGAAAGAUCGGCCCAAGUGGCCCGAGCCCAAGGGCUCUAUGUGACUUCGGCGUUGGAUGGGUCGAACACGCAUGUCUUGAUAUCGAUCGUGUUCACCAACGACGAGUAUAAGGGUAGCACAUUAGAAGUGCAAGGCACGAGCGCGCAGUUCGAUCGGGUGAGGGAGGUGGCGGUGGUGGGUGGCACCGGGAAGUUCCGGCUGGCCCGUGGCUAUGCUACAUUGGAGACUAUUUACUACGAUCAUGCUCUUCAUUAUGCUGUUAUUCAGAGCAACAUAACUGUGUUACACUACACUACUAAUAUUGUUUGAGCAUUGUCCAUUGAGUGAAAUUUUUAUGAAAGAUUGUAAUAAAAGGAUUUGAUUUCAAUUUGAUUUUGAAGGAGACGUU